AUGGCCGGAAGACAACCGUCCCACCUCCCCAGGGCCACCACCACCGCCACCGCCGCUAGAUCCCUUCCCGCCGUUAUAGCAUUCUCCUCCCUCCUCCUCAUCGUCCUAUUUCUCUACUUCACCUCUUCCUCCCCUCCGCAACUUCACUCCCCGGAUCCCGAUUACUCCUUUGUCACUUCCCUCGACAAAUUCCUCAAACUCUCUCAUAACGACCGCCUUUCCAUUCCAUUUCAAUCCUCCGUCACCCAAUUAGACGAUGCCAUCUCCACCUCCGAAUCUCAAAGGCUCUACCCCUCCUUCCCUCUCCGGGUUUAUGUUUAUCAAAUGCCUCCCAAAUUCACCUACGACUUGCUUCACUUGUUCAUUACUACCUACCGAGAUACUUCCAAUUUGACUUCUAAUGGCAGUCCGGUUCACCGUCUGAUCGAGCAGCACUCCGUCGACUACUGGCUUUGGGCGGAUUUGAUCUCCAAACCCGAGUCCGAUAGGAAGCUCAAGGACGUGGUGGUUAGGGUUUUUAAGCAGGAGGAUGCUGAUCUUUUCUACAUUCCCUUCUUCACUACCAUUAGCUUCUUCUUGCUAGAGAAACAGCAGUGCAAGGCUCUUUAUAGGGAAGCUCUGGAGUGGGUGACGUCUCAGCCAGCUUGGAAACGGUCUGAGGGAAGGGAUCACAUUCUUCCUGUGCAUCACCCUUGGUCUUUUAAGACUGUUCGUAAGUUUAUGAAAAAUGCUAUCUGGUUGCUGCCGGAUAUGGAUUCCACUGGAAACUGGUAUAAACCUGGGCAAGUUUAUCUUGAAAAAGAUCUCAUACUUCCCUAUGUCGCCAAUGUUGAUUUUUGUGACUCGAAAUGCUUGUCUGAAUUCGAAUCUAAGAGGACUACAUUGUUAUUCUUUCGUGGAAGGCUCAAAAGGAACGCUGGUGGGAAGAUACGCUCAAAACUCGUGACAGAACUCAGUGGUGCCGAAGGUGUCAUUGUAGAGGAGGGAACGGCCGGGGAGGCUGGCAAAUCUGCCGCGCAGAAUGGCAUGCGGAAGUCUUUAUUUUGCUUGAGUCCUGCUGGUGACACCCCAUCAUCUGCUAGAUUGUUUGAUGCAAUUGUCAGUGGUUGUAUACCAGUAAUUGUUAGUGAUGAACUGGAGCUUCCUUUCGAAGGAAUACUUGACUACCGCAAGAUAGCUUUAUUUGUUUCUUCAAGUGAUGCAUUGCAGCCAGGGUGGCUUAUAAAUUUUCUGCAAAGUAUAAGUCGCUCUCAAAUUCGGCAGUUGCAAACGAACUUAGCUAAGUACUCGCGGCACUUCUUAUAUUCUCAUCCAGCUCAACCACUUGGUCCAGAAGAUUUGGCAUGGAGAAUGAUUGCUGGCAAGUUAGGGAAUAUCAAGCUUCAUAUCCGAAGGUCGCAACGCGUGGUGAAAGAAUCAAGACAUAUUUGUUCCUGCGAAUGCAGGCGUCCAAAUACUACAACUCCAGUUUCAUUGUCUUGA